UGUUCCCGCACUGUUUUGUUAUAUAUAUUUUUCUCAGACAAAAAAAUAAAAAAUAAAAAAUAAAAAAAUUCACUCUCUCUCUCUCUCGCUUUCUCUCUCUAGCAGAUCGAUCUGGUUGUGAUCGGCGAUUUAAGUUUGUGAUCGAGAGAUGAUAUCGAUUCCGUAUCUGACAGCGUUAACAACCUACUUCAGCUAUGGCUUGCUCUUCGCCUUCGGCCAGUUCAGAGAUUUCUUUCGCAAAAUCUUCGACUGGUGCAGCUCCAACAAUCUUCAGGGUUACGCCCCGAUCUGCUUAGGACUCGAGGAUUUUUAUAUCCGCCGAUUAUACCUUCGUAUUCAGGACUGCUUUGGGAGACCAAUAUCAAGUGCUCCUGAUGCUUGGUUUGAUGUAGUUGAACGCUACUCGAAUGAUAAUAACAAGACACUAAAACGGACCGCACAAGUGAGUAGAUGUCUCAACUUGGGAUCAUACAACUACCUUGGUUUUGCUGCAGCUGAUGAAUACUGCACGCCUCGAGUAGUUGAGACAUUGAAGAAGUAUUCACCGAGCACGUGCAGCAGCAGGGUGGAUGGGGGCACAACUGCGCUUCACAAUGAGUUGGAGGAACGUGUUGCAAACUUUGUUCAAAAGCCGGCUGCUAUUGUUUUUGGUAUGGGCUAUGUGACAAACUCUGCUAUUCUUCCAGUCCUGAUGGGGAAGGGAGGUUUGAUCAUUAGUGAUUCAUUGAACCACAACUCAAUUGUUAAUGGCGCACGUGGAUCUGGAGCAAUUAUUCGUGUUUUUCAACACAAUACGCCAUCACAUCUUGAAGAGGUUUUAAGAGAACAAAUUGCAGAGGGACAGCCAAGGACCCGUAGACCAUGGAAGAAGGUAAUUGUUAUCGUGGAGGGGAUAUACAGUAUGGAAGGGGAGCUUUGCAAACUUCCAGAGAUCAUAGCUGUAUGCAAAAAAUAUAAGGCAUAUACAUAUUUGGAUGAAGCACACAGCAUUGGAGCAGUGGGCAAAACGGGAAGAGGUGUUUGUGAGCUCUUAGGCGUGGAUACUGCUGAUAUUGACAUCAUGAUGGGGACAUUCACCAAAUCAUUUGGAUCAUGUGGGGGUUACAUUGCAGGAUCUAAGGAGCUUAUCAAAUACUUGAAGUACACUUGUCCUGCUCAUCUUUAUGCAACUUCAAUUUCACCACCAGCUGCACAACAAAUAAUAUCUUCCAUAAAAGUUAUUCUUGGAGAGGAUGGUUCCAAUAGAGGUGCCCAGAAACUUGCACAAAUUCGAGAAAAUAGCAAUUUUUUCAGAUCAGAACUGCAGAAGAUGGGAUUUGAGGUUCUUGGGGAUAAUGAUUCUCCUGUAAUGCCAAUCAUGCUUUACAAUCCCGCCAAAAUCCCUGCCUUCUCAAGGGGGUGUCUCAAGCAGAAUGUUGCUGUUGUGACAGUGGCAUUUCCAGCAACGCCACUCUUACUGGCCAGAGCUCGCAUAUGCAUAUCUGCUUCUCAUUCUAGGGAAGACCUUAUCAAAGCCUUGCAGGUUAUCAGCAAUGUUGGUGAUUUAGUUGGUAUAAAAUACUUUCCUACUGAACCGCUGAAGCAGCAGCAAGAGGGAAAAACUGUGAAGUUUGACUGAGAGAAGUUCUUGUCAAAAAGCAGAAAGAGGAGCAAUGAUUGAUGAGCAUUUUUUGUUUCCAUUGUGGUUGGUAGGCUUCAAACUAACUUGAAUGUGCUAGUCUAGUAAAUUAGUUGCUGUCUUCAAAAGUGUCAACUAUACUUGGAGCAGCAGAUAUAAUUUUUUUGUUCAGAAACGAGUGAAUCUUUUGUAUUCUAUUGGAGGGAAGUCUCUCUAAUCUACUUUAUUUGUCUGAUCAUAAGAUCAUCUGUAUAGUUACAGCUGUAAUUUUGUCUCUAUUUCCUCUGGCAAUUCAUUUGAAACCGGAUCUUGCUUGGAAUUUUAAUCAAAUUGUAAAAUUGAAGUUGAAUAUCCAUUGGGGCAUAGUUUUGAAUGUAAGCAUUCCUUGGGAAGUGCAUAGGCUGACUGGCUACUUGUCCAGUUUUACCCAAAAGAUAGA